UUCGCUGCGCGCGCGCUGGCCGUUCGGGGGCGGCGGUGACAAGAAGAAGGAGGAGGAGGACGCCGGUGUGGUUGGAGGCAGCAGCGGUGGGAGUGAUGAUGGGAGUGCAGCAGCAGAGGACAGCACAGCCGUCAGAGAAACCUCGUUGCCACCGCCGGUCGCCGCCGCACCUAACCCUGUCGAGGUAGCACCUAGGGCGGAGGAGUCCGUCACAAGUAACGCUAGAGGUGGCGGUGGCGGCAGAGAGGAGGCGGGAGUAGCGGUUACGACGACCAAGACCCGAAGGGCGGGGACGAAGUCGAUGGCUGCGGCUAGAGCCGCGGUGGCGGUGAUGGAGAGGAUAGAAGAGCA